AAAGAAAAACAUUAGAAAACCAUUUACAUUCUGUUUGGUUGAAAUACUGUUGAAUAGCUAUGGAAACAGAAAAUGAGCAGACAGACAAUGUCAACUCUACUGAACCGGAAAAUCUAAGUGACACUCCAUUUUCAGGUGAUGAAGAAAAUGGUGGAACUGAGGAAAUAAAAAGAGAAAUCAAUGGUAACUGGGUCUCUGCAACAUCAGUUAACGAAGCUAAAAUCAAUGCUCGAGCAAAGAGGAGGCUAAGAAAAAAUUCUUCCAGAGAUUCUGGAAGAGGAGAUUCUGUUAGUGACAAUGGAGAGGCACUAAAAAGUGGAGUUACUGUGCCAACAAGUCCGAAGGGAAAACAUCUGGAUAGACGAUCUCGAUCGGGAAAGGGUAGAGGCCUCCCAAAGAAAGGUGGUGCAGGAGGCAAAGGUGUUUGGGGCCCACCUGGACAAGUAUAUGAUGUAGAGGAAGUGGAUGUUAAAGAUCCUAACUAUGAUGAUGACCAGGAGAACUGUGUCUAUGAAACUGUAGUUCUUCCUUUGGAUGACAGAGCAUUUGAGAAAACGUUAACUCCAAUAAUCCAGGAGUAUUUUGAACAUGGGGAUACUAAUGAAGUUGCGGAGAUGCUGAAAGACCUCAGUCUUGGUGAAAUGAAAUACAGUGUACCAGUGUUGGCAGUAUCAUUGGCAUUAGAGGGGAAAGCUAGUCACCGAGAGAUGACCUCCAAACUCCUUGCUGAUCUGUGUGGUAAAGUGGUUGGCAAGAAUGACGUGGAAAAGUCAUUUGACAGGCUUCUCAGAGACUUGCCAGAAUUGGUUUUGGACACUCCUAGAGCACCACAGCUGGUGGGUCAGUUCAUUGCAAGAGCUGUUGGAGAUGAGAUUCUAUGCAGUAGUUACAUAGAUGGCUACAAGGGUACUGUGGACUGUGCUCAGGCUCGUGCUGCUCUGGAUCGAGCUACUGUGCUGCUAAGUAUGAACAAAGGCGGAAAGCGCAUAGACAAUGUAUGGGGAUCAGGAGGCGGGCAACAGUGUGUGAAACAUCUUGUUAAAGAGAUCGAUAUGCUGUUGAAAGAAUACCUUCUUUCAGGAGAUGUUUUGGAAGCGGAACGUUGCCUUCAGGAGUUAGAAGUACCCCAUUUUCACCAUGAGCUUGUAUAUGAAGCUGUUGUGAUGGUUUUGGAAUCAACUGGAGAAACAAACUUUAAAAUGAUGCUCGAUUUACUGAAAUCUCUCUGUAAAUCUGCUGUCAUUAGUAUGGACCAAAUGAAGAGAGGUUAUGAACGAAUUUACCGUGAAAUCCCAGACAUUAAUCUUGAUGUGCCACAUUCAUACUCUGUGCUUGAACGGUUUGUAGAAGAAUGCUUUAAAGCGGGAAUAAUCUCCAAACCAUUGAGAGACCUCUGUCCUUCCAGGGGAAGGAAGCGUUUUGUAAGUGAAGGAGAUGGAGGCCGCCUGAAAGCUGAGAGCUACUGAAUACAUGAACUAACUCUUGCAGCCACAGAUGUUUAAAGGGAAUAUAUAUGUAUAUAUUCUGUAGUAAGAGUUGUUUAGCACAGUUCAUUUAUUCUUAAGAUAUGCACUUGUUAUAGGGCACAGGACCUCUGAAGGUUUUUAAAUUUUGUGUUCACAAAGGAAAUCCUUCAAAACUUUCUUUUCUUGGGACCUAUAAUUGGACAGAAUCAGUAACUGCCUUUCUGUGGAGGUUUGCUGCAAUAAGCUAUUCUAUUGUAAGUGCCAUAUGUUUGACCUAAUCAUUCCAUGUUUGCAUUGAUGCCUGCCUGCCACUCCUUUCUUUCAAGGACAGUGUUUUUGUAGUAAAAUCACUGGUUUAUACAAAGCUUUACAGAAUGGGUCAAGUUAAG